UUGACACCACCUCCACCACGUAGUUCCUAAUUUAAUGAGUUGUCAAAAACAUAACCAAAUGUCUGAUAACCUCAACUUUUAGAUGAAAACAAUAUUAAUGCUUCAUAUUACAUCAAGAUGACGAGCUGUGAAGAUGCUACCGAGACAAACUCGGAAACUUUAAAUUCAAUAAUUCGUGUGCCAUUUCCACAUACAAAUUUAGAAUCGAUUGAUACACUUACUUUUUUGGAGGCAGCCAGAGGAGUUGUUGAUCUUAUCGAGAAGUUUGGAAAAGUUUUUAAACCUGUUAAAUAUGAUAUGAAUGGAAAUAUUGAGAAGUUGAAUCGUAAAUAUCAAGAAGACCCAAUUAAUCAUACAUGUCUCCAAACAAUGAUUUUACAUGAACGAGACCAAGGUAAAGAUGUGGCUACAGAUGCUUUAAUGUGGCUAAGAAGAGCUUUACAAUUUUUUCAUAAAUUUAUUGAGUGCCUUAUCGAAGAUUCUCAAAAAGAGGAAAAAUCUGAAAAUUUAUCAAAACUUUUAAAAGUGGCAUAUGCAGAUACGUUACAACGUUAUCAUGGUUGGAUGGCUCAACGGUUAUUUAAUCUGUUAUCCAGAAUGUGUCCGGCACGAACUCAAAUAUUUAAUGUAAUAAACCAUCAAAAUAUAGAAGAAUCUAUCUUACUAGAAGAUAUGACUGCAUUUAAUGAUAAAUUAAAUAAAUGUUUACAAGAGCUUGUUAAUUUUUAUGACGUAAAUGGACUUGAAAAUCAAGCUGCAGUAUAAAAUUUACAAACAAUCGAAUAGUUUUUAUUAUAAAAAGAUCUGAAUGAACAUAUUAUUUGUUCUGUAUCACAAAUUUCAAUUCUAAAUGCUAAAUAAUAAGUUACCAU